AGACGCGCACUGCUUGGUCCUCGUCACUUUCUCCUCCGCUUCUCUCCCAUCUCUCGCCGCGGGGACAGCGCAAUAUGUCCUUUUUUAACACGGCCAGCUCAUCUACCGCUCCCAAUACGUCGACCAACGAGAAAGAUAUCGAAGUUGCCGACCCGCCGACAGACUCUAUUUCUUGUUUGUCGUUCUCCAGUCAGGCGGAUUACCUCGCAGUCGGAAGCUGGAACAAUGAGGUCCGGAUAUACGAGGUCGGCCCGACUGGGCAAACGCAAGGGAAGGCGAUGUACACGCAUCAAGGGCCUGUAUUGAGUGUGUGCUGGAACAAGGAUGGCACCAAAAUUCUCUCCGGAGGCGCAGACAACGCAGCGCGGCAGUUCGACGUUACGACGGGCCAGUCGUCGCAAGUCGCGGUGCACGACGCGCCCGUCAAGUGCGUACGCUGGAUCGAGUCGCCGCAGGGUGGCGUGCUCGUCACUGGCAGCUGGGACAAGACAAUAAAGUACUGGGACCUCCGGGCGCAGGCCCCUGUAUCGACAGUCCAACUGCCUGAAAGAUGUUACACCCUUGACGUUGCAUACCCUCUCAUGGUCGUCGGCACAGCAGAGCGCCACAUCCAAAUAUUCAACCUCACCAACCCGACGACCCCGUUCAAGACCAUGAUGUCGCCAUUGAAAUGGCAAACUAGGGUAGUGUCUUGCUUCCCCGCUGCGAAUGGGUUCGCUGUUGGGAGUGUCGAGGGCCGCGUUGCUAUUCAAUAUGUCGAAGACAAAGAUGCUUCGAAUAACUUCUCGUUCAAGUGUCAUCGCAAAGACGCAAACCCAGCGAACAAGGAUCAGUCCCUUGUCUAUGCUGUGAACGACAUCACAUUUCAUCCCGUCCAUGGGACGUUCUCCACAUGUGGAUCUGACGGUACGAUUAACUUCUGGGACAAGGACGCGCGCACGCGUCUCAAGACCUUUGACCCCGCGCCGGGUCCGGUCCCUGCGACCGGCUUCAACCGCACGGGCUCGAUAUUCGCCUACGCGGUUUCGUACGAUUGGUCGAAGGGUCACUCUGGAAUGACGCAGGGACACCCGAACAAGCUCAUGUUGCACGCAUGUAAAGACGAUGAGGUCAAGAGGAAGCCGACGAAGCGGUAGAACGCUGGAGCAUCGGAGACCGGUGACGGAAGGAGGAAGACAGUCGUUGAUUCGUACAUAGCGUCAUCGACCAUGUUUUCAUACAGUAUGUAGCACUUGAUGUCCGCGAUCGUAUUCUUGUUUUCCGAAUGUGUCCGAGUGAAGGCCAUGUUGUCCUACAGACAACACGGGUCGAAGUAAGAUUACAGUGUAGAUUAUUGUACAGGCGGGAGAGUACCACAGCACAGUCGGGACGUCAUUUAGCAGUCGUAGUGCAGUCCGAGUACAGCACUGUCAUUAGCGUGGUCUUCCUGACCAUUACAU